UUUUUUUUUUUUUGAGGGGGGUAGAUAAUUAGGUAAUUACGUUUACUUAUUUUGUUUUUAGAGAAGGUGCUGGGGUUUGAACCCAGGACCUUGUGUAUGCUAAGCAUGUGUUCUACCACUUGAGCUAUAUCCUCCCCCAUGAUUUGGUUUUGUUUUUAACCAUUAAUGCAUUUUAAAAGCCAAAUUCUCUCAACAUCAACUCUUGAUUUUUAAAGGUAUUAUUACUAAACUAGGGGAAAUAUUUUCUUGACACGACUGUUAAAAAUCCCUCUCAAAUGAAUAGCCAACAUGGUACUGAGUAUUAAGGCAUUCCGUCAUCUUCCUGUUUGCCCCUUAAUUUUAACAUCAUCCUAAAAGUUGUAGCUGUUACACUAAUCCGUGAAAAAGAAAUGAGAAGUACAUCUGACCGUUGAGUAACCGAGUUUGAACUGCACGUGUCCACUCAUGUGGAGUUUUUCGGUAGAUGCGUACUAUGGUCCAGUCCUGCACCAUCCCAGGCUGAAGUUUGUCUUUGGCUCAUCAGCCGUCCAGGCCUUGGACCUAGUUGAUCGACAGUCCAUCACCUUAAUCUCAUCGCCCAGUGGGAGGCGUGUCUACCAGGUACUUGGAAGCUCUGGUAAAACUUACACGUGCUUGGCUUCUUGUCACUACUGUUCCUGCCCUGCGUUUGCCUUCUCGGUGCUGCGGAAGAGUGACAGCCUGCUGUGCAAGCAUCUCUUGGCAGUGUACCUCAGCCAGGUGACAAGCACCUGUCAGCAGCUAAGUGUCUCUGACAAGCAACUGACUGACAUACUGUUGACGGAAAAGACACAUGAAGCCUAAAAGGUACCGACUGAGCAUCGUUGUCUUUCAAAAUAGAAGUGCCAUCAGGAAACGCACUUGACCUGCCGUGGUUCACGUGGAAGGGAAGGGAAGCCGACUCCUUGUUCCUGCCCCUCUUGUGUCCUGGACUGCAGAAGGGGCUGUGGGUUGGAACCCACGAUGUACAUAUGGUUUGAAGCCCUCAUGAAAAAUGCAACCCAGCCUCUGAGCCCCUGGGGCACAGAAUUUCCAGAUAGAUUCAAGCAUUUUAGACCCAAAGCCUAGUAUCAUGUCGUGUCCACAAGCGGAUUCCCAAGCGACUGAAGGUGGUAAUGUCUAAGAGGUUGGGAUGGAGGGCAAACCAGUAAGAUGAAGGUCAGACGAAUGAGGGCCACUUCUUUUCCUCGGGUCCAGGAAAUUUCUGCAAUAAAAGAUCAGAGCAGAGCUGUGGCUCAAAGGCAGCAAGCAGGAGAAGACUCGGGGGUUCUGGCUGCAGUGAGCUGCGGGCACGGUGGUGCUGGUGCCAGAACAGCUUGUGACGGGGACUGUGUUGUGAGGAAGGCAGAACUGAGAAUAAGGAAGUGCUGGCUUGCUCUGCAUGCGUUUCUGAGCUUUGUAACGGCAGGAAGGGAGGGACUAAACUCACAUUCCAAAGAAGCUGGAGAUGCUACUGUGGUUUCCAGCCUGAAGAAGGAAAGAUGAAAGAGAGUCCAAGAGGGGUACUGGAAGGGAGAGAAACUGGGACUCGGGACUCGUUCGGAUCCCAGGGGAGUGCAGAGGAGCAAGGACGGAUGAAAGUGGAAAUGAGGCAGAUCUCAGCCCUGGACGGGAACUUCUUACAGGGAAAGCUGUCUGAGAACAGGAUCCUCAAAGGGCAGGCAUCCCCUGUCUCCGCAGCGUCCCUGCUGCGGGAGGGAGUCGGUGCGCAGGCCCGUGACACAGAUGGCUGGCGGCUGAGGAGCCCCCCCCCCCCCGUGCCCCCGCAGCCUGCGGGUGAGCGCGACGUGGAUGCUGCAGCCUUUUGUGGUGCUGAGCUGGGCAAACACAACCUGUCAGAACUUCAGUACGUGGAAGCUUGGGCUUGGGUGCAGACUAAUUUUUUAAGCAGUCUUCAGGAUAAAGAGCCAGACGGGUAGGUGCAGCUCUGCACAAGCUGAUGCGGCCCCUAA